AUGCCAAACGGAUACGCAAAGAGUAUAUUCAGUGAUGGUGAUAAUCUAUCAGAAGAGAAAGUGGAUAAAGUAUUGAAGAAAUUUCUAAAAGAUUUCAAAGAAGGUUCAUUAGAUGAAGACAAUGGUUGGCCUAAGACUUUAGGUGCCUACAUCGUUUCUAAAGCUGCUAUGAAUGCUUAUACAAGAGUUCUCUCCAAGAAGUUUCCUACAAUAAGCAUCAAUAGUGUUUGUCCUGGUUAUGUCGUAACCGAUAUAACUGCCAAUAUUGGUUUGUUAUCGGUUGAAGAAGGUGCUGCUAGUGUUGUGAGACUAGCACUGCUUCCUAAUGGUAGUCCAUCCGGUUCUUCUUUUACAAGAGUGAAGUGUCUUCCUUUUGAUUAG